UGCAUGAUGAAACUGGAAAAAGUUUGAGAAAACAGCGUGUUUUCCGAGACAGAAGCAUCCAACUAGAAACUCUGACUGACUUGGAACUCAUAUCCCGGUAUAGACUCCCACGCGAAGCUAUUUUCUGCCUUGUGGACAAAGUUCGCCCAAUGGUCGAAAGACCGACACAGCGUUCCCACGCUAUGUCAGUCGAAUCACAAGUCCUCUUAACUUUGAGAUAUCUGGGAAAAGGAGGAUUUCUUUCUGAAAUUGGAGAUUUGCAUGGUCUGGACAAAUCCAGUGUUUCUCGAAGCUUUCAUUGCAUGGUGAAUGCAAUAUGUACGGUGUUAGACAAUAUUACUUUUCCCUGGAGUCUAGAACAGCAAACUAAAGUUAAACAAGAUUUCUACCGAGUCGGUCAUUUCCCUAAAGUUCUCGGUGCUGUGGACGGAACACUUAUUCCGAUCAAACGACCUUCACCAAACGAGGAAGCCGCCUUCGUAUGCCGCAAGGGAUACCAUGCAAUUAAUGUGCCAGCGAUAUGCGACAGUUCUCUCCGUCAUCAGAUUAACGUGGAAAAUGUUCACCAUUUCAGUUUUACCAACGUGGUGGCCAAGUGGCCUGGUUCAACUCAUGACUCCCUGAUAUGGACUAACAGUCAAGUUGGCAUGAAGAUGGAAGAAACUGCACCUGAUGGCUGGCUACUUGGUGAUUCAGGAUAUGCAUGCAGACCUUGGAUGCUGACCCCCUUAGCAGAUCCUCAGACAAAGCCAGAACAGAGGUACAAUGCAGCCCAUAUCAGGACAAGGAACACAGUUGAAAGGGCAUUUGGAGUGUUAAAGUCAAAAUUCAGGUACUAUAUUCAUGGUUCCAUUUGUGUAUGAAUGGUGAUAUGACAAAAUAUAGAUAUAUAGUAUUACUCUUUGGAUUAAGAAUAACCUAAAGACUUCUUGAUUUCCUCCUUUUUGUUAUAUAUUCCAUUAUAUUAGUGCACCAGGAUAGUUCUCUUAUCUUUUGAGCUGUAAUAUUCAUAAUGUACAUGUGAAUAUUAC